CGCGCAUGUCAGCGAAGAGCGAAACUUGAUUGCUCAUUGGUCGACAAACUGGUUGACGCUUGAGCUUCGAGCCAUAUUUUGAGUGAAAAAUGAAAAAAGAAAAAAACAAGAAUUUCAAACUAGACACCACAAAAUUGACCAGUGAUUUGUACAAAUUUUGCUAGUACUUCCAUGCAGUCGUCCUUUAUCAGUGAAUUGAACCGUGUGCAAUGUUGAACCAGGUCCCUGUAGAAGCUGUUUACUCGGCCACAUAUGUGGAAAACUAUCUGGAUUGUGUGGAAAAUCUACCAGACGAAUUGCAAAGACUGAUCUCUAGAAUGAGGGAGCUGGACGUCAACUAUCUGGCCAAAGUCAGGGAAGUGGCAAUGCAAACAGAGAAUUUCUCAAAUCUUCGUAAUGACCCUUCAAAGAAGGCAAAGAGCUUUUUGAGGAUGCAACAUGCUUUGAUUGCAGCUCAGGAAUUGGGCGAUGAGAAAAUGAGUCUCCUGCAGUCUAUCCUCGAUAAAAUUGAGUUUAAAACCAGAUUGUUGGACCAGGAUUUCAAGAAUCUAGACUUUGGCAAAGAAGAGCAGAACCAGAUAGAAAAUAAAGAGCAGCAGUCACCUUUGAAUACAACUCCAGCUACCAGUAAUACUUCUUUAACAAAUGGUGAAAGGCCAACUAAAAGAGCUAGGAGGACAAGACACGACACUUUUUCAGGCUUGGAGAAUAAUCAUAGUGAGCAGAAUCCUUCUGAACACACUCUACGUAGUCAGGUACCGUCUAGUACUUCUUCUUCAACAGUCACCAAGAAACAAACCACCACUAAAAAGAAGAAACGCAAAUCGCGCCAAGCUGCCCAAGUACCUAAAGAAGAGUCUCCACCUAGAGAAGAAGAAGCUGUUAUAGACCCAGAUGAACCUACAUACUGUCUCUGUGAUCAAAUCUCCUAUGGAGAGAUGAUCAUGUGUGAUAAUGACCUGUGCCCCAUUGAAUGGUUCCACUUUUCAUGUGUCACUCUGACCACCAAGCCGAAAGGCAAGUGGUUCUGUCCAAAAUGCAGGGGGGACAGGCCAAACAUCAUGAAGCCCAAGGCUCAAUUCUUGAGAGAGUUGGAGAAGUACAAUAAGGAGAAGGAGGAGAAGACGUAAUGCUGCUAGCAAGCUUUUAUUUUGUAAGUUUUAAAUGCAGAUUUUUGUAUGUCUUAUUUAUGUUUUAUUGUCGAAACAAACUUUCUUGAUAUUGCUGUAUAAUAUGUAAGUGUAAGCUAGGCGAUAGAUUUUAUUGGAGUUCACUAAAUAAAUACUUUUAUAUUAUUAAGAAUUUAAUAUCAGUCUUUUAGUUUUCUUUGUGACCUCUUCAUACCAUACAGGAUAGGCAAAGAACAAAUUGAAGUAUUUAAUGUGUAUGAGAGAAAUAGAAACAGAACACGUGUUGGAGCGAGAGCGCGAAUGACAACAACGGUUCUGUGGAUGUUUCAUUCGCGUAAAAUGCUGCUAAUUGAUAAUUUUAAAAAUCAUGAAAAAUCGCAAGUGAAAGUUUUGCGAUUCCUGUAACUUGUAUGUAUGUGGUGAUACUAUCCUCUUGAAAUAUUAUGUUUGAAUCGCCGCCUUGUAAUUGAAUGAUUGACA